CUCACUUUGUCUAAUCAAACUCGAUUUUGUUGUACAGAUUAUUACAUUAAAGCUACUUUUUAAUUAAAUUCGCAAACUGAGAUAAGUUUUAUUACACAAAUAUAAAACUACUUUAUUCGUUGACACUUACUAGCGUAAAAUGGCCACGGCUGUAGGUUCAGCCGUAACACUUGCUAAUCCCGGAACAAUACGUAGCCAAAUAUCAAAGGAGUUGCGUGCAAAGGCUAACGAUUUCCUUAAUUCACGACGCAAUGCUAACAAUCUUUUGGAUAUCAUUGCACAUUUUCAGCAUUGCGUAAAAGAAAAGCAAUCUAUUACUGCUGCUGUGUUAACCUUGGAAGUUGUGUUCGUAGAAGUUUUAAAGCGCCGAGAAAUGUGUAUAGCGGGUGUGCCUCUGAAACCGAAAGACGAAAGUGCAGAGACCAAAUACCGCGAAUGGCUGCGACAACGGUACGAGGAAGCAAUGUGUUUAAUACUUAGCUCCUUUGAAAGUGAAAAACCCGCAGAAGCGGCACAAGCCUUGGUAUCAAGCAUGAAGUUAUUAGCUGCAGAAGGCAAACAUCCCUUAGAUAAAUGUGAUGAACCUUGUAAAUUUCCUAAGCAACGUCUACGUAGUAUUUUACAGAAGUUAGUAUCAGCAACAAAAUCACAAAGCACUCUGCUUCAGCGUUUUAAAGAGUAUUCCGAAUAUUUGGAUGUGGUGUUCUACAGUUGGAAAUUAAUGCAGCAACUAGCUACACGGGCCGCCUUUGCUAAUGACGUUUUUGCAUGUAAUUAUUUGGAACUUAUAAAUGUUUUGCCUGUGACCAAAGACCUGCACGACCAACAAAAACUGUUGUGCAUAACGCAAUCCAGCGGAGAAUCUUCACAACCUGAAUGUUUUGACUACGCGCCAGUGAAAAAAUGUAUUAACAAAGUAUGGAUGUGCCUGAUGCAAUGGACCGACGGUAUACAGGAGCCUGUGCAUAGACAAAUGCUUAUCAUAUUGUUGGAGCGAGUUUUGCCACACUUGGAAAAACCUAUAUUGUUAACAGAUUUUCUAAUGGACUCACUUGAUUGCGGCGGUCCCGUUAGCUUACUCGCACUGCAAGGCAUUUUCACGCUAAUACAGAAGCAUAAUAUUACGUAUCCAAAUAUUUAUGAAAAGCUGUAUUCUAUGUUUGAACCAGAAAUUUUCCAUACCAAAUUUAAGGCACGUCUGUUUUAUCUGGCGGACAUUUUCUUAAGCUCAACACAUUUGCCUGAAAAUUUAGUAGCCGCAUUUGUUAAACGUCUGGCACGAUUAAGUCUAAUCGCACCGCCACAAGAUUCUAUAAUUAUUUUACAUUUUAUUGGCAAUUUGAUAUUACGUCAUGCCGGUUUAAAACGGCUUAUUUGCGCUCAGGCAGCAAUUGAAGUUUCGCGCGACCCCUUCAUCAUGGAGGAACGCGAUCCAACAAAGUCAAAUGCGUUAGAUAGUUCAUUAUGGGAAGUGGUAUCCUUGCAGAGGCAUGCUAUUCCAGCAGUGGCGAAUGCGGCACGUUUUAUAUCACAACCCUUACCAACUACCGAGUGGGAUUUGUCUUCUGUACUAGAAUUGAAAGAAGACGACAUUUUUGAUCAGGAGAUCGCUAAAAAGAGCAAACAGUAUGCUUUAGCUUUUGAACGACCACAGUCUUUAUAUUUACCACAUGAUGACAAAGUGAAACAAUACUGGAAACUAUUCUAAAUAUUACAUAAUUAAGUAUAUGUAUAUAUUUAGAUGUGCUGCAUUUUAAAUUGCGGUUGUGGUAGCCUGUAGCGGAGCUGCCUUCUUUGAUGAGGAGAUAAUUUUCUUUACAUUGUGAACUUGUUGUAGGAUUUGACAUUAAAUACACUAGAAUUCGUCAGUAUAUUUAAAUCAA